AGAUAACGAGCCCGCGCCAUGCAGUCCUUUCGAGAAAGGUGUGGUUUCCAUGGCAACCAGCAGAGCUACCAGCCGACUUCACAAGAUACAUCACGCCUGGAGAAUUACAGGCAUCAAAGUCAGGCAGGGCCGAACUGCGAGCGGCAGAGGCUGGUGGCGAAGGAGUACUACAGUCAGCAGCAGCUGCCGUACGCGGGCUACGAGAACAGCGCCGUGGAGAAAUACCACCGGGGAAACAAGCAAUUAGCGGGGCAGCAGCUGCAGGGCAGGCCGGCCUUUUCCAAUUACACCGUGCAGGAGAACAGCCCUUAUCCGGCCCGGUAUUCCGGGGACGAGAGCCUGCAGGCGUGGGGUGGCCAGCCACAGGCGCUGCCGGGUGGUGUAGCCAAGUAUGAGGACAGCCUGAUGAAGAAGACGGCGGCGUUGGCAGGUGGGCGGCCGUACCACGAGCCGGCGGCCGCCUCGCUGCCCUUCCGGACUCACUUCCAGCAGCAGCAGCAGCCGCAGCAGCAGCAGCAGCAGCAGCAGCCGCCCGCACUCCCCUACCCCAAGCUGCAGCGGCAGAAGCUGCCCAACGACGUCUCCUCGCCCAUGCCCUUCUCGCAGAGCCCUCACUUCGGGCAGCACUCUCAGUCCUUCCCUGCCUCCUCCACCUACUCCUCGGUGCCGGGGGGCAGCCAGCCGGCACACUCCUACAAGAGCUGCACGGCGCCCUCGGGGCAGCCACCGCUGGAGCGGCCCCUGGGCAGCGCCGCCAGCCUGGCUCCCGGCCCCCGCGUGCCCAACCUGCACGGCUACCAGCCCAACCGCAUCGGCUACGAGCAGCCCCCACAGCCGCCACCGCAGCCCCCGCAGCCACCGCCGCCACAGCCCCCUCAGCCACCGCAGCCCCCGCAGCCGCCACAGCCCUUGCAGGGGCGGCAUCACACCUCGGAGUCCCUCCACUACCAAAACCUGGCCAAGUACCAACAUUACAACCAGCCGGGCCAGACCUACUGCCAGAGCGACGCGACGCCCGUCCGGACGCCCGAACAGUACUACCAGACCUUCAGCCCCAGCGCCAGCCACUCGCCAGCUCGCUCCGUCGGCAGGUCCCCAUCCUACAGCUCCACCCCCUCCCCGCUGAUGCCCAACCUGGAGAACUUCCAAUACAGCCAGCAGCCGCUGAGCACCGGCGCUUUCCCAGCCGGCAUUGCCGACCACAGCCAUUUCAUGCCGCUGCUGAACCCUUCUCCCACCGAUGGGACGAGCCCUGACGCUCAAUCUGGGAACUGUAAAAACUUGCAGAAGGAGAAGCUGCCGGAAAACUUGCUGUCAGACCUGAGCCUGCAGAGCCUGACAGCACUCACCUCCCAGGUGGAGAACAUCUCCAACACUGUCCAGCAGCUGCUGCUCUCCAAAGCGGCCGUGCCCCAGAAAAAGGGCAUCAAGACCCCGGCGAGGACCCCUGAGCAGCUCAAGGGGCAGCACUGCAGCCCCGAGAGCAGCACCUACUCGGCAGAGCAGGUGGGGACUCCCCUGUCUGACCCUCUGAGCACGCCCCAGUCAGUCCAUGCCGAGACACAGGACACUGACUAUCUCAGUGGGUCGGAGGAUCAGCUGGAGAGGAGUUUCCUGUACUGCAACCAGAACCGCAGCCCUGCCCGAGUCAACAGCAAUUCCAAGGCGAAGCCCGAGUCGGUGUCCACCUGCUCCGUGACCUCCCCAGACGACAUGUCCACCAAAUCGGACGACUCCUUCCAGAGCAUCCACGCCACCCUGCCCCUGGAGACCUUCACCAAGUAUGUGACCAACGAACGGGACUGUCCCCGGCUGCUCCUCAGCGCCCUGUCCCAGGAGGAGCUGGCUUCCGAGAUCAUCGUCCUGCAAGACGCCAUCAACGAGAAGGCGGACAAAGCCUGGGCCAACUUGCCCAUGCUGAGCAAGGAGGCCAGCAAAUCCCCCUUCCAGCUGGAGAACCACCGGCCCAGCCUGGACUCCAUGGUGAAGGGCACCUGGCCCAGUCAGGGUGACUCCAGCACACUCACUGAGCCCCUCAAGAUGGACAAAGCUUCAGGGGCCAGUGCAGGGAAGGACUUUGGUGAGGAGGUAUAUGAGGGUCCCCAGGUGGAGUUCACGGCCACUGAAACCAAGGAUGUGCUGAAGGACACUGCCCCACUGGCCUUCAACUCCAAGCCCAGCAUCCCAGCAGCGACAUCGAGCGCAGGAGCCACUGACUACAGCUGCUACUCGAACACCACCGCCAACUCGGUGGGGUCUGAGAAUGCCAUGGAGAACUUCGAGUGGCCGGAGGAGAGCCUGGGCGAGGCAUGCCUGCGCUGGAAGGAGCUCCAGGCCACUGACCUCCCCAAGGGCUUGUUCCCCAGCAAACUGGUGAGCUCCUGCAAGGAGAAAAAAAACGCCUGCGGCUUGGAUCUGUGCGACGGAGAGCAGCCAGCCAAGAGCGAGCCGGCCCAGGACUUCGGGGAGCAGGUGAUGGGGGAAGAGGAGGAGACGCUGACCUACGAUGAAGCAACAAAGGCAGACAGCGAGAGGUGGCUGCAGGACACCCGGCACUGCUGCUCAGCCGGGGACUUCAGCGAGAUUCCCAUCAUCUCCUCGCCGGAUCUGAAGGAGUCAGACCUGGAGGCAGAAGAGUACUCCUCGCUCUGUGAGCUGGCCGGCUCGGAGCAGAAGUCGGUGACAUACGAUGCCUCGCCACCCAAACCUCCGGAGAUGCCAGCCGUGCUGUCCUCCAGCGAGGUGCCCGUGUCCGCCGAGGAGACCGUCAGCGCGGUGGAGAAGGAGGGCUCAGCUCCCACCCCGCGCCUCUCCGGCCAGUCUGUCAUCCUGCUGGGCCCUGCCGUGGGCACGGAGACCAAGGUGAAGAGCUGGUUCAAGUCCUCCCUUCCCCACAUCCAGUCCGAGGAGGAGAGCGGCGGAGGGGAAACAUCCCAUCUGGAGGCUGCCGAUGCCGAAUCUGCCUCAUCAGUCACGAUCAAGCAGCAACUCACCCCCCCUGAAAACGUGCUGGGGAAGAUGGAGCCUGUCUCACGGGGCAAGAGCCUCCGCAACAAGAGGGUGCACUGCCGGCUGCCGGAGGGGGACAACCCCGGCAGCGCCGUGCUGACCCCGUUUGAUGAGCUGCCAGCGGCCGGCGGUGUGGCCGGUGCCUGCCUGGGGCCAGAUGGACAGACGGAGGUACCGAGCAAGAGCGCCCAGAGCCAAACGCCGCGGUUUCCAGCCGAGGGCCUCCCGGCGCGCAUGUGCACCCGCUCCUUCACCGCCCUCGCCGAGCCCCGCGCGCCGGCCCCCCUGGAGGGGCUGAAGGCCCCCACGCACCAGGAGAAGCUGGGGAAGAAACCCGGCUGCGGCGUGAAGCAGCGGGUGGCUUUCAAAGCCAGGAAACGCAGCAGUCGGCCGGCCCCCAGGGUGGUCCAAAACACCAGCGAUGCCACCCUCCUGAUGCCCGGCUUGGUGGCGGCGGAGGAGGUGGCAGGGCCGACGCCGCUGGAGGGGGAUGCGGUGGAGGCGGGGGAGAGGGACCAGCGGUCGAUGAUCCUGCGCUCCCGGACGAAGACACAGGAGGUUUUCUACACCAAGCGGCAGCGGGGCAAGCGGGCGGCCGACGUCCGGCUGAAGAACUGCAAGGCACCCAAAAAGCUCAUAUCCAACAACCACCUCCCACCAGCCUUCAAGCUGGCGGCGCCAGGCAGCCCCCACAAGGAGAGCAAGGUGGGUGCCCGGAUGAAGCUGCCCAAAGCAGGGCCAGGCGUGGGGGGAAAGAUGUCAGAGCGGCCCCUGCACUCGCUGAAGAGGAAGUCCACCUUCAUCUCCCCCAUCCCCACCAAGAAGAGGAACCUUGUCCUGCGGAGCAACAGUGGUGGCGUGAAGGAGGAGAAGCCAGAGGGCCCCCCCAGCCUUUUCAAAAAGAUGCCAGUGGCCAAGAAGGUGAAAGCCAAGCUGCCUCCGAAGAGCUCUGGUGAAGCUGUCCUGAAGCCCACCCUGCCAAAGGAGGCCCCUGAUGUCUGCAUCAAGAUCACCUCCCGGGCAGCCUUCCAGGAGGCCACCAAGACCAAAGUGCUGCCUCCCCGCAAGGGCCGCGGCCUCAAGCUGGAGGCCAUCGUCCAGAAGAUCACCUCGCCCAACCUGAAGAAGUUCUCCUGCAAACCGGCAGCCACGGCUGCGGUGGCCGCUGUGACUGCCUACGGCUCCUCCCUGAGCCCGACUGGGGUGGAGCGGGAACGGGUGGUGAAGCACAGUGGGGUGGCUGCAGUGGUGGGUGACAUGAGGCUGCCCAAGCCGGUGGCAGCACAGAAGGUGCCCACCAUGCCGGUGGCUGAGCCACUCUGCCGGAACCCCAACGGCCGAGCACCGAAGGGGAAGCCAGGCGGCGGGAAGAAGCUCUCUCCUGACAGCUGCCAGGGCGAUGCCUGUGGGCCGACAUCAGGGGCCCAGUCCAGCCCCACCAUGGGGGCCAAGAACCUCGGGCUCCUGCCCAAGAAGAGGAACCGCAAGGGCAAAGCAGCAGCGCUGGGCAUGGCCAAGGCACCGUUGGGCCCUGCGCCGCCGCUGCUGCCCCGGGAGCGCGUGGCCAACCCGGGGGGUGGGGAGGAGGCACCACGGGAGAAGAAACCAAAGACUGAGGAGAAGGAGGCGGGGGCCAGCGAUGGCCCCCCUGAGGGACGCUCUGCUGCUGGGCCAGCGCGGGGCCCAAAGCCGCGGGCCAACCACUCCAACUACAAUGGCUACUCCAAGCGCCAGCGGAAGCGUCUGGGCCACGGCAAGGCCAAGGCGGUGCCGGCGCGGUGCAAGAGCCGCGGGAAGCGGCGGCGGCAGUCCCAGCAGGCCCCGCUGGUGCAUCCCGCCGAGCCUGAGAUCCGGCUGAAGUACAUCUCCUGCAAGAGGCUGCGGGCAGACAGCCGGGCCCCCCCCUUCGCUCCCUACGUCCACGUGGAGCGGCGCGGGGAGUUCACCACCACCUGCACCAUCAUCAACUCGCCCGGCGACGAGGCGCGGCUGCAGCGGGGACCGGCGGGGCCGGCGCCGCGCCCGCGGGCAGCCCUGCCCGCCUCCUCCACCAUGCACAUGGGGCCGGUGGUGUCGAAGGCGCUGAGCGCCGCGUGCCUGGUCUGCUGCCUCUGCCGCAACCCCGCCAACUACAAGGACCUGGGGGACCUUUGCGGGCCCUACUACCCCGAGGACUGCCUGCCCAAGAAGAAGUCGCGGCUGAAGGAGAAGGCGCGGGUGGAGGGGCCGGGCGAGGACAGCACCGCACCCGCCGUGGCCGAGCGGGUGCCCCGCGGGAUGGAGGGCGGCUGCGGGAAGGCGGCGCGGCCGGAGGGUGCAGCCGAGGCGGCCAAGCAGAGCGCGCUGCGCUCCAGCCCGCGGGGCAUGUUCCGUAGGCUGCAGAGCUGCUACUGCUGUGACGAGAGGACAGAGGGCGAGGAGGCGGCCGAAAAGCCCCGGCGGCACGAAUGUCACAAGGCCGAGUCCCCGCCGCAGGAGCCGGCGGGCGACACGCAGGAGCACUGGCUGCACGAGGCCUGUGCCGUAUGGACCGCUGGGGUUUUCCUGGUGGCGGGGAAGCUCUACGGGCUGCAGGAGGCUGUCAAGGCGGCUGCCGACCUGAAGUGCUCGAGCUGCCAGCAAGUGGGAGCCACUGUGGGCUGCUGCCAGAAGGGGUGUCCCCACACCUACCACUACGCGUGUGCCGUCGACACAGGUUGCUUAUUAACCGAGGAAAGCUUCUCUCUGAGAUGUCCCAAACAUAAGAGGCAGCCGGUGUAGCGCCCGCGGGCACCCGCCCCGCCGCCAGCGAGGGACCGGCGGAGGAGGCAGCGGCCGGAGCAGAGCGGGGCCGGGCCGUACCGGGGACCCCCCCGCUACCCGUGAGCGCCCCGGGACCCCCCGAGCCCGCUCCGGGCGGGCGGAGCCAGUGCCGGGUUUUCCCCCACGCCGGGCCCCGGUAAAACCCGGCCUGGAUACCCGGAGGACGGAUCGGGAUCCCCCACCCGCGAUGGCUGCACAGGGGGGCGGGGGGUGGUCCUUGUACAAGGGGGGGUCCCGGCGAUGUUGUCUUACUGUGGGGCCGCCGGACCCCCCCGUGGGUCCCCGGCUCUCCAUAUCACACUGAUCUGAUCUGAGAUGUUGCCUUCAGCAAACCUCACGGUGUUUGUAUAUAGUUCAGCGGAAAAAAGGAUUAAAAAAAAAAAGACAAAAAAAAAAAGACCAAAAAAAAAGUAGAAAAAAGAGAAAAACGAGGAAAAAAAAAAAAAAAAAAAGACAAGCAACGGCCUGCUGUUUGAAACACCACUCUGCUUUUUCCGUUUCGUUCUUCCAUCUCCUGUCUGCCCCCACCCACACCCAGGGUGCCAGGGGGGCGAGGGGUGCUUGGCUGGGCCGGUGGGGAACCCACUGGGCUGGCUCAGCCCCGCUCCUGAACCCCAAACCCUGACGCAUUGCACCCACCACCCUCACACUCCAUGGGGCGCUGGCACUGCUGGGCUGGGGACACCUGGUCCUGCUUGUGAGGACCCCCAAAGCCCACCCUCCUGCCUCUGCUGGGCCUCGCCAGCACCCCCUCUGCGGCUCCUCGUGCGUGGGGCUUUGCUCCCUGUGCUUGUGCUGAACGAACCCUGACUUUGGGUACAAACCCCGUGGCUCUGGGUGCAAGCCCCAGGAUCUGGGUGCAAAUCCCAUGGCUCUGGGUUCUGAACCAGAGGAGGAGGAGGAGGCAUUUGCCUCAUCCCUCCUCAUGGCCCUGGCUCAUCCCGCUCUGCCCUGGGUUUGCUCGGCUCCCUCGGCUUUUGCUUCCCUUCCUGGCUGCCUGGGUGGAUCUGGGGGGCUGCCCAGUACUGGGGUGACCCCCUGCUCAUGUCCCCAGGCUGCCCACCCCAGCCUUGUGUCACCUGCACACCGACACAGGCGGCAAAUAACCAACCCAGGGCAAACCAACCCCAAAUCCCAUCUUAAAAACAGCCACCAGCCACCCCCUGACUCCAGAGCAUCCUAUGAAGGGGAGCACAAUGCUGGCCCCAUCUGUGUCCCCCGCAGAGCCAGCGCCCUGGUGUCCCCACCACCUCUCGUGUUCCCUCCAUCCCACCCAUCUCUCACCCCAGGGUUUGCUGGCCACACAAUGUCUGUCGUUUCAGCAGCUGCCUCGGACACGGGAGCGAAAAACACAAAAAAGGAGGCGAGAAAAAUAAAAAAAAAAAGGGAGAAAUAAUAAUAAAAAUAAUUAAUUUAAAGAUAAAAAAAAAAUAAAAAUAUCCCGGUGUCCUUGGCAGUGUUGCCUGAAAUCUGGCUAUUUUUAGUGACAUCUUGUACAUAUGACUGUAAAAUGGUAAACCGUGUGUAUUAUAUAUUGCCUCAUUAUAUAGUGUAUAUAUAUGUAUACAUAUACAUAUAUAUAAUAUAUAUGAAGACUGUAAAUGUUAAGACUAGUGUUCUUAUUAGUAUAUUGCUUCACACUGAAGAUUGUGUGUAACAAGCUGUUUCUAAAAGAUGUUUAUUUUCCUUAAGAGUAAAAAACAGGUCAUUGCAUUCAGAGCGUCAAUAAAGAUACAACGAUUGUUUUGGAAGUA